UAAAAUAAAAUAAAAAGGGCUGGGAAUGUAGCUCAGUGCAAAGUCCCUUGGUUCAACCCUCAGUACCACCCAAAUAAAUAAAUGACUAGGAUGUAGCUCAAUGUUAGAGCACUUGCCUAGCAUGUGUGACAUCCCAGGUUCAAUCCUCAGCACUGGCAAAAAAUAAAAACCUACUAUAAUCUACAAAUCCCAAGUAUAAGUUAGUUCAAGAUGUUUUGCUUUAAAAAAAAAGAGGGGGACACGUCCCCUCAGCUAGACUAUGGAGUGGAAGAGCGACUAUGAAGGGCUUUCACACAAGCUAUCCUGUGAGGUCUACUGGAGAAAACUGAGGGCCCUGGCAGAAGCUAGGAAGGCCAAACCCAGCUCAGCACGAGGAGAAAAUGACCCAAAGGCAGUAUCGGCUGAGGGUGUUUCCCAGGGAAGAGUAUAAAGGAAACCUGGUCUCUGCCAGAUCCUGUGCUGAGUGGAUUACUGAAGGCAUGGCAGUGCCUUGAUGUUCCCAUGUUCUGGGUGAGGAAUCAAGCUUAAGAGUAAACGGCUUGCCUGGAGGCUGAGCCAGAGCCCUUCAUGGCCUGGCUCCUCCCCAGUGUAGGCUGGCAUCUCACACCAUGUGGAUGCAGGGGAAGGGAGAUGCAGGACAGCAGAAAACUGCACCAGCCGACUUGGAAGGAUGCUUGCCGAGUAGUGAUUCAGAUUUUCCUAAGGUAGGAUUCUUGUCAUCUUCCCCGGUGUAUCAGAUCUACAGCCAGGCAGAAGAUGUGCAAAUAGGGAGAUGGGACAAAACAACAGUGCAGCCCAAAGUUGUUCUGUUACUGCCCUUAGAGUCAGGGCCUUGGACCCCUGCCUCACCAUCCUACCUUCCGUUCCUCCCUUAAAGCCCUAUUCUAGAAAAAGGAAAUGGUUGGACCCGGCAGUGAGCAGCAGUGGCCACCAGGUGGCAGCAGAUCUUCAGCUAUAAAGGCCAGCUCCCAAUAAGUGUUCAGUGACCGUAGAAUCUGUACACACUCUGUGUGUAGGCUCCAAAACCCUUCAGUCUCCUGUGUCUCACUAUCCUAUCCACAGGCAGAUCUCAGAAUAGUGAUUCAAUGUUUAACCUUCCAAGAGCCAGGUGAACAAGGAUGGAACAGGCUGUGUGAGUCUCCCAACCCCAGGCAAGGGAGGGACCUAGCUGGGUCACCCUGGCCCUUCCCUCUCCUCCUUGCAAUCCAGAGCCUUGCCCUAACACCUAGCCCUCCAGACAGCAGUUUCUCUAUGCUUUAGUCUACAGGUUAGGAAAAAGAGGUGAUCAACUGAAGCUCUCCAACCUGUUGAGGGAUUGAGGUUCUUGUAAGGCCCCGCCAGGCCCUGGCUCUGACAGAGCAUCUGCAAUUAAUGAUACUUCUUGAGCUCUGGAGACAAGAUUUAUUUAUCUAAUAAAGUCUGUAACUCCAGGCUUAGGGGCUGGGGGUGGGAGGCUGAGAGCAGCAAAUCCGGAGAGAGCCAUGGGAGGGGGAUCCCAGGCGGCUCUUAAUGGAGCCAUGCAUUUCCACUGCCUGUCUAGAUUACCCCUCAGGCUGCUGUUAGGGGUGGAGGACAAGGGGACAGCAGGUAUAAGAGGCUGGUGUGCCUGUAGGAGGGAGGAUGGCAGCAUGGAUUCCAGGUGGGCAGUGCUGCUGCUACUGUUGCUGCUGUCAAUGGACUGGGGCCAUGCCGAAGGACCAGGGGGCCAGCACGGAGACCAGGUCUUUGUGGAGGAAGACAUCGGACCCCACCCACCACAGCAUGCCCAGACCCCUGGGUACCUCCUGCACUCCCUGCUCCAGGCCAUGAAGAGAAAUGGCCGGAGCCCAGCCUCCCUGUUUCAGCCCCAGAGGUUUGGCAGAAAUACAUGGGGGUCCUCGAAUAGCAAGCGGCUGAAUCCCCAGGCUGGAGAGUUCUGGAGCCUGGCUGCCCCUCAACGCUUUGGAAAGAAGUAACAAUGUGAUCCCUUGAUGUGUUUGCAUCCAAGGCCCACACCCUAAAAUGCCAUGUAAGCCCCUUCCCGACACCCCCAAUAAAGAUGUCUGCUCCUGAA